AUGCACGCCAUUCGCAACCUAAAGAGCUUCGGCAUUUUCCCACUCGUCUUCCUCACACCAUCCUGGUACCAAUUAGAAGCUGCUCUCGGCCGCUACGUGGCCGGCACGAGCACCCCAGAAGACGUCAACACCUAUAGCCUGUACGCCACCGUCACUCCCUCGGAGGGUCGCAAUUACGAGCUGUCGAAGAUGGGCGAAUACACACUACCAACCGGCGACAAAGGCGUAUUACACGUGCUGGAAGUAAUCAGUAGCCUGCCAAGCAAUUCUCCUGAAGAAUUCAAGGAACCACGCCUGACAAUUCGCUGGCAUAGCGUGGCAGAAGCGCAAGAAUUGGAGAUAUCGACCUGGUCCCCGACUUUCAGCACACCCGGAGUGCACUGUACGCGUGCAUCCGAUCUCUGCCGCUUUGGGAACAAAUCUACGAUCAUCUCGAAGCGUUGGAGGCUCAAUGUGGAAGCCACGAAGCAGCGGAUAUUGGGCGCUUUCCAACAGUCACCGCCUGGCCAGCUUCCGUGGCAACUCGAUGUUCAUGCAUACUUGCGAGCGCCUGGAGCAACCUACAUGGCACUGAAACGGCACAAGCGCCAAGGGUUCCGCUGGAAAGAUGUUCGGGAGAGGAAGCUCGAGGUGGACCAUGACGAGAUAGCAGCGGGGGACAUUGGGGGCGGCGAGAGUCGUUUGAUCCGCGGUGAAGACGGAGAUCGUGUGGAUGUUAGCUCACAUGGCGAGGCCGACUCCCGAAGCAGCGAGAUGGAGGUAAGAGAAGUAUGCGCAACAGUCUCAGCCCCAUUGGCACGGAUCGAGGAGCAGCAAGAAGAUGGGCAAUGUCAUAGCGCCGAGAUUGGUGUGGAGAAUAAGGCAAGUUCCAACGAGGUUGAAGGGGCCCCAAGCUGCGAUUCGCGGUGA